UCAUGGCCGCUGUCACAAGUCAAUCAUGGUCCGUCGUGGGCAAAUCCACGAAAAAAACGAAACAAACGCCUCAAGCGUUAACCAAGGACCAGAAAAAAUCAUUUAUAAGCAAAAUGCCGAGGAUCGAAGCACAAGCUCCAGUAAAGGAGUCCUCAACUAUUUAUGAUGCUUUCCUUGGUAAGUCAUCAUCAGACAAGGCUGUGUCAAACAGUGCCAAAAAUGCUGCAGGAGAAGUCGUCAAGAAGAAUGUUGUCAACAAGAAAAAAAAAACCGAACCAAAUAAUGAGAAAAAGAAAGAGAAACCUUUGCCAUUUGAGGAAGUUAUUUCAAAGAUUGAUCGAAAUGAUUUAGCAUCGGUGCUAACCAAGUCUCAGACCAGUUUUCCUGGCAACAAAGACGUCUGGCUAAAGGAUCUGGCAUCCUACCUAAACCUGAAGAUGGAGAGAGUGGCUGAACCAGACCCAGUGUUCAGGGAUAAACCUAAGGACUUCCCACUUUCAAAAUUGGAAUCCAGGAGCAAAGACUUGAUCAUGAAUACACUGAAGACAUGUGACCCUGCCACUAUUGAACACCUGUACUACCACUGCAUUCAGACCAUGCUGACAGAAAUGGGUAAAGGUGUGUCCACAUAUGGCUACAGAAUCUUCCUCCAGUGUUUAGCCUGGCAACGCCCAUCGGUGGCGUCCAGCAAAGUUCACCAGUAUUUGGAACUGCUGAAGGGGAACCAGAAUCGCCCUGUAAAGUGCCUGUCGAUUCUCUGGGCUCUGGGCCUAGGGGGCGUUAAAGACUUGAGAGCUGGUCUCCGAGUUUGGCUGGACCUCAUGUUACCCAUGACAUCUGUUAGACCUCUGGCUUCCUAUCCUGUGGAAUAUAUUGGCAUCUUGUUACAACAUCACAAAGAUCACAAGUCAGCUUAUGGAGUGAUGACAAUCCGUGAUUUCUUCCCUGUGCUGGACCUUGUCUUCAGUAACUCCAUGAACUUACCACAUGACCUGCAAAAGAAGCUUGUGUCUGUAUAUCCUCAGAUCAAGACUAUAGCCUUUGGAGCUGACCCAAAAUCCAGUCUGCGUCUCUUCUUCCCAUCCUUCCUUUCAAGGGCCACAUCUGAUGCACGUUCUCCACUGAAGAAUGAGGUGCUCCCUUGCUUGGUGACUUGCUUGAUGACUGAUAAAAUGUGUUUCAGUGUUUGGAGACAGAUGUACAUCAAGCAUCUUCCUCAGUCCAGUGUACUGCUGGAGCACCUCUCUAAGAAUUGGGCGACAGUAUCUCGUCAGCUGGAAAAGAAGCUCCUACAUGAAACUCUGCGAUCCUUCAGUGUGACGAAUGAUGAGCUUACAAGCCAAGGUCACCAUGGCCCAGAAGAGACAGGGUGUGGCCAACUGUGUAAGGAGCUGCUGUCACGGAUGGGUCAAACCACAGUAUUCUCCUGGUUCUGGGUGCUCUUCCUUGUUGUUGGACUGGUGGCUGCAAUCAUUGCUUACGAUGUCUACACUUCUUAUAACUUUAGAGUGUCACGCACAUGGCGCUUCCUGGAGGAAUAUGGAAUUUUAGCUGUCCUUCAACAGGGCUGGAUCAAAGUUAGUGCUUUUACCCAGAAAGUUUUGAGUUGGCUGCAGGUGAAUAUACCUUUCUAUUAUGCUCGUACCUGCGAGGCUGUGGGCCCGUACUUCCGUCAGACUAAGGACAAACUGAUCGAAUGGUACUGGAUAGUGUAUGAUGCCACAAAAGUACAAAGACAGUGGAUAACUGCAAAGACAUUACAGUUUAUCUCAUGGGCCUAUCACUUGUCUCCAGCCUUUUGGGAACAGGCCCAAGACAGCUGUCUAACCGCCUGGCAAGUGGCCAGAGAUUACCUUUUGCUCAUCUGGCAGUUCCUUGUUUACUACUGCAAGCUUGCUUAUGUGUGGAUUAUUGAACACUUAAUAGCGAAUUUUUCUUUCGAAAAGGUUGUAAGGCUGAUGUCUUCCUUGCUGUUAAAAAUGCAGGCAGUGUUUGCAUCCAUAGUGCAAUGGUGCAUCACCACAAUUACCACCAUGACAGCAUGAGGGGUGUAGUCCAGAUCUGUUGGAACUGGGGGUGGGGGGGUUAACUUGAAGUUAACUUCAAGAAGGGUAGCAUUAAUCUGAUGUAAAUCAUCACAUCUUAUCAAAGCCUGGUAUCCGGGAAGGUGUUUAUGAAUGUUUCAUGUAAAUGCCAGUAAAUAUAUCAAUGAUGUGGAAUGAAAGUAGAGUAUAAAAAUUAUAUAAAGGAAGUCAAUUAUUCACUUCUCUAACUUAUUGACAUGAGCUGUAAUUCUUAGUUCUAACAUUGUGUUAAAGUCAUCUUAUAAUAUACUGAAAAAAAUAUAUUUGAUUCAUUUCUAUCCUUGGCACUGACUUAUAAUCUCAAGGUUGCUUUCUAAGUCAUUUGUUUUUUGUGCAUUAUUGUCUAACAAGAAUAUAAACAACAGUCUGAUAUAUAUGUAUGUUAAGUGAGUGUCGACAGUGUAUGUAUAGAUUUACCCAUGCUCUUGACAACAAUAAAAUGUUAUUGUUACAGUAAAAAAAUUCACAAUUCCGUCUGAAUGUUUCUGCUUGUGUAUAACAAGCCUGUGAGGCCUCCAUGGUCAGUCCUCCAACACAGUGCUAUAAUCCAGAAGCCUCUCAACAAUGCGGUUGCUGUGAGUUCAAAUCCAACUGAGGCAGGCUUACU